UCCUGAUACUAAACCACUCGAUCUUCGACCAUGUCAUCCACUGAUGUCUUGAUUAUUGGCUCAGGCCCCACUGGCCUUGUAUGUGCCCUCACUCUCGCCCAGAAUGGCAUCUCAGUCCGGGUGGUCGAGAAAUUGUCAGAUUAUCCCGCUGGUCAACGAGGAGCUGGCAUCAUGCCUCGAACGCUUGAGAUCUACCAUUUCUUGGGCGUCCUCGACGAUAUCAAGGAGUUAGGAACUCCUUUCAUGGACUUGAAAGAAUACGAUGCGGACGGACACCCAGUGAAGACAUUCUCCAUGAUACCCUAUCAGGGGCCUACCCCCAAUAUUCCUGAGCGCGACGCAUUGGCGUUAGGACAAGACGCUGCUUGUGGAGUCUUGCGUAAUCACCUCAAGAAGUACGGUGUCGAAGUCGAGCUCGAAACUGAGUUGGUGGGUUUCGAACAGCAUGAUGACCAUGUCACCGCUACCCUGGUGAAGAAACAAACUACGAGCGUUGAAAAUGUAAAGUAUCUCAUUGGUGCUGAUGGCGCCAAAGGUAUUGUGCGAAAACUCCUGGGUCUGGAGUUUCUGGGUGAAACCAGAGACAAGAUGCACGUCUUGAUCGGCGACAUCGAGAUUGAAGGAUUAGACAACGCCCAUUGGCACAAGUUCGGAGAGAUGCCGCACAAUAGCGUGAUGCUCCGCCCCACCAACCGUUUCAAAGAAAAUAUAUUCUUUCUCACGUGUACUGGCCUCACCUUUGAUAUCGAGAAGGCGCUCGAAGACCAUGAUUAUAUCGCCAAGCAUAUUCAUGACAUCACUAAGCGCCCCAACCUGAAGAUUGGAAGAAUGGAGUCCCUCGCAAAUUACAGGCCUAAUAUCCGGAUGGUUAGUACCUUUCAGCAAGGGAGGAUUUUCGUGGCCGGAGAUGCUGCUCAUGUCCACAGUGCGACAGGAGGACAGGGCAUGAAUUCUAGUGUCAUGGAUGCUUUCAACCUUGGUUGGAAGCUCGCUCUUGUACUCAAAAACCUGUCUACGCCAUCUCUCCUCGCGUCGUACACGGAAGAACGUCUUCCAGUGAUCAAGGAGAUGUUGGACCGUACGACAGCCCUCUUGAACAUCACUGUCAAUCCCAAUCGCAAAGCGACAGACGCUAGGCCCUGGCAGCGAUCUUCCUCGCUCAAUCAGCUUGGGGUUCAUUAUCGCUGGAGCUCAUUCGUCCGAGACGAGCUCAAUGCCGAGGAGCAAGUGCCCGCGCAGGAAAAUUCGUCCACCUAUGUGGUCGGCGAAGGCGAGAGGCUGCAUGCUGGCGACCGCGCACAUGACGCAAGCGAGCUCGUCAGUCUCGAAACCGGGAAACACAAGCGGCUGUUCGACAUCUACGGCGCUGACCACCAUACGAUCAUCAUCUUCACCAACCAGAGCCAAGAUGCUGUCUCGGUUGUGAAGGCCCUUGCUCGCUAUUCAAAAGAUGCAGUGCGCUCGGUCGUGGUGUACCCACAAAGUUCUUUGCAGAGUGCAGUUGAUGGUGUCGACUUCACUUUAAUCGACAAGCGUGGUCAUGCAUAUUCGGCUUAUCCUACUACGCCGGGAGAGACAAUCAUUGCGAUUGUGAGGCCCGAUGGAGUAGUUGGAGGGAUUGUUAGGGGAGCAGAUGGAUUGGAGAAGUAUUUCUCGAAGAUUUUCGCUGCCUGACGCUAUCCAGGUAUCACCACAGAUAUAUAAUAGCUAAGUCGAUCUGCACAAGAAUCCCAUCAGCUGUCGGUAUCC